AAUACGAAACAGGAUCUUCAGACCCCAAACUGCAGAUGCCAACCCCUGACAGGAUGCUGCAGGUUUGAGAUUUGAAUAUGUGAAGUAUUUAAGAUGGACGCUGUAACUGUGCCACACUUCUGACAAUGAUCGGAUAAUAAGUAAAGGAUUUCUACUCUUUUUUUCUGCAAGGAACUGUCCAAAAGAUGGAUCCAAUCACAUUUGAGGCCACACUACCCAUGAAUGUCUCUCCAAACUCCACCAUUAGAAGUCAUGAGUUCCACGACGUUCUCCUGGGCAUCUACAGUCUUGUUUUCGUCAGCGGGAUGUUAUGUUUCAGCGUGGCCGUGCAUGCUUUAAAAUCAUCAGCCACCUCCAUCACCUCCAUCGCCGUCUUCAAUCUCUUGUUCACACACUUCCUCUUCCUCCUUACCAUUCCCUUCAGGAUCUACUACUACUCCACUCACUACUGGAACCUGGGCCUAGACUUUUGCAAAGUGGUCAGCAGCAUGAUUCACAUCCAUAUGUACAUGUCCUUCAUUUUCUAUCUAAUCAUCUUAAUCUCACGACUUUUGAGUUUCUACAAAGGACAGAAUAUGCGUUCAAUUCAGAGGCUGCACGCUCUCCUGGCCAGCGCCGCCGUGUGGAUAAUUGUGUUGGUUGUUACCCCUUGUGUGGUGACGCUUUCCUAUGGUAAAAUAGCAGGGCAAAAAGGGAACGAAACACGCGAAUGUUUCACCUUCGCGGGGGAAAUUGAAUCGACAUCCACCAAAGCGAUUAACUACGUUGUUAGUUUAUUCAUUAUUCUGGCAACGGCUGUGCUAACCUCUCUGCAAGCAAAUAUCUUACUGGUUUUGUACAAGAGGGAUGGGAAGAAGUGCACGUUGCAGCAGGAGUUUAGUGCUCAGCUGAAAAGUCUGUGUUUUGCGCUCAUCAUGGUGGCUUCCUUCAUCCCCUACCAUCUUUUCAGAUUGUAUUACAUAGAGCAUCUUCAUCUGGAGAGCAUCAAUGAAGUGUUCUUAAGUCUGACCACGUUCAACUGUUUGGACGCACUCACCUUCAUGGGGACGAGAACGUGUUUUGGGUGCUAUUUUGGUAAAAGACUAUGCUAAUAACUAACUGGGUGCUCAUCCUAUUAGCCAAAGAAUUCAAAAUGCAGUUUUAUUAGACUUGGUCACUAUUGUUUUCAGGUGUAGCUUUACAGUCCCUUUAAAGCCACGUUACAAAUGUGUGAGGACAAUUCUGCUUUUAGAAGGUACAUCUUUGUGUGUUAGAGCUAAGGUUAAUGCUAACUUCUAUUAGAAUGUUAAAUGUUACAUAAGAAAAUUCGACGUGUUGUAAGGACGACCCACUUAGGUGUAGAUAAUAUCAGUCAGUGGAGUAAUUUAAAUAUUUAUAAGGCUCUGAAAUUAGAAUUAGCGUUAACUCUGAUGUGCAGCGACCGUUCUAAAAGCAGAAGUGUCCUCCGGUGAAGCUUCCCCCGCAUUUGUAAAGUGACAGACACCUGCAGUUUUCUGUCUACUGUCUGAUUCUAACCUCCUAACUUCUGACCUCUGACCUCUGACCUCUAACCCAUCUGCAGCUCCCUGAUCUGUCAAGAUUUAGUCAUUUUAAUGCGACUCUGCAAAAACCUCAUAGACAUUACAUUACGCCGGAAAUGGUCGCACUGACUGUCCUUCGGAUUGGAACUAGCUGCUACCGUUGGACCCAGCCCUGUUGUAUUCUCACAUGUCACCACUAGAGGCCGUCUAUGUUACUGCGGGCUGGUAGUGUGUCAGCUUUGGCCUGACAGAAAAUGACUAGAGAGGACCUGGUGAGGGGGGAACAGGUUUCACAUCUACUCAUCAUGGAUCUGUAAUAAAAACUGGACACUCCCCCUCUGUCCCGGGGCAAGAUCAACUAGUGGCCGCUCCAAGUACUGCAGCUUCCAGGAGCUUGGGCCCAGAAAGGCGUCUCCCAUGAAGCACAACACAUUUUUAGGAGUUCAAACUGCCCGUGUUCGGUUGAGAAAAAGGUUUCACAAAACUCUGAUAUUGAAGCGAUUCUUCUGUUUUCACAAAAUGAACAUUUCAACAACAAUCCUCAAAACAGCUAAAAGCCUAGCCCCGCUCUGAGCCGGUGCUAGCUCCGCUUCAGCAGCUGUCGCACGUGUCUGAUGUCACAUGGGGGAAGGCGUUAGCUCCUACUGCGAAAAUAAUAAGGAAGAGAAAUUUAUUUUUGGGCCCAUGCACCAAUGAGCACAAGCCACUGAAAACAACAGUGCACCAUCUUGGGUUCAUCUUCCUUAUUUCAUUAUACCUCCAUGCUACUGGUAAAAAUAAAUAAACUUACAGAUGGCCGCUUUAAGAAAUAAUAUGGGCUAAAUGGUUCACUUCGCACUUUGCUGUAACUGGUUCAAUCCACCUGUCACUCACUCAGAUCAUCAUGGAGGCUGACCAAUAGAACGAGGAACAACUGAUGUAUUUUAAAUGUACGAUCUAUGACUUUAAAUGUGUAAAAAUAUCAAUAAAGAUCCUGUGUAAUCCCUCUCACUC